AUGCUUGAAGACCAAUAUCUAGAUAUUUACGUACGAUUAUCGUAUCAUAUUCUCACUAGAGAUACAGAAAUCGAAAAACCAUACAAGCAAUUUUGUCUUCAAUAUUGCAGCCUGUUGAAACAAAUUAUACAAUCGUCUCAGCUUUCCAGUAUUAAUCUUAUAAUAAGCUGGUACUACUUAUACAAAUAUACGAGCAAUACAGUGUGUGUGAUCGAUGCGGAAGAGGACUUGUCAUUAAUAAAGCAUCUUAUCUUCACAUCAUUCAUUUUGGCAAAUAAAACCUUUGAUGAUCAAUGCUACUCCUGCAAAACUUGGUGCAACAUCGCAAACAGUAGCGCAACAAAUUACAAAUACGACUUAAAGCUUAUAAACAACCUUGAGUCACAUUUCUUGUCGGUGGUAGACUACAGGCUUUCAUUUACAGCUAUUGAUGACAGUGAUUUCUGGACUUUUAUGAAAGUAGUUUUUAAUGCUACCAGUGUGCCUGGUCACGUGCUUCACCACUUUAAGUCUAAAAUCACACCUACAGACGACCCACUUCCAUCUAUUCCCGUUACACCUAUAUUAUAUGACAACUUUGCGUCCCCUGCUACUGUUUCACUUAAAUCACCUUUGACUCCAUUAACGCCAUUUUCUCUUGAUAGAAAGCGUACAUAUAGCAACAUGAAUCACAGCAGCUUUGAAAAGUUGUGCAACAGCAUUAAUCUAGACGAGUUAACCAAUUUCCAAUUCAGUUUUACGGCUCAGUAA